GUAUGGCUGCGGGGUUCUCCUGGGACGGGGAAGACUGCGAUCUGUAAGAGUGUCGCUUCCACUCUCGAGACAAAGGGUAGUCUAGCAGCGUCGUUCUUUUGGGAUAAGAAUCAGCCAGGAUCGGGCUUGGAUUCCAUCAAACAAUUCCCCUCUACCCUUGCACACCAACUGGCAUGCUUUAAUGAGGACUUCAAGUUCUCGCUUGUCAAGCUCCUUCGGCAACCGGCUUUGGUUUCCGUUCGGGGUUUUCCUUUGGAAAAACAACUGAACACUCUGAUGAUUGAGCCGAUGCGUGGUCUGAAGGACAGAUUCCCCUCUGGUAAGGACCGCUUCGUCAUCGUUUUGGAUGGUCUCGAUGAGUGC